CUUGCUGCUAUCGCUGCCUCCUCCCUCCCUCUUGGCUACGAGCCUCCUGAGCACAGCACAAAGGAGGCGGAAAAUCGGAGGCGGGUCCCUCUCGUCCUUCCCCUCUCUCUCUCUCUCUCUCGUCAUUGAACAAAACGGCCACGACAUGCACACAGACAGACACGAACACUCAUUGAAUGAUGGACACGCACAAAAGAAAGAAGGCGCGAAAACCGAUAUCACUGUUGUGUGAAGUGAGAAGGCGAAGAUCGUGCGCCAGACAUGGACAAAAAGAUGGGUGGCCUGCUGCCAUUGUUAAAACACUCUCUGCUGCUGACUGACUGGCCAUGCCGUGGUCGUAUCGCGUUGGUGCAGGAGCUGGAGGAGUCCUGGAAGGAGCAGAACAGUGUCAAAGCUGCAGUGACAGCCUGAACGCUGUUCAACCCUCCCCAAGGAUACCCACAGCUCCGCAACAAGCACGACACAAUCUCGGCUGAAGCACACGCCCAACAACAUUCACCCACUCGCUCAGACACACAGUCAGACAACGAACACUCUCUGCUCUCUCUCUCUUAUGCUUGAGGCUGGCUAUGCCACGCUUGUGCCGUGUCCCUCGAGAAGCGCCAGAUCCAGUGGGAGAAGUAGCAGCGACAAGACUGCAUCCACAGCCUGGCCACUGUACCCAACCUCCCGCAUCUGAGGCUUCCCAAAGAACGCAAGCGCAAUCACACGCCCCUCUCUCAUCUCAUUUCACACACGUCACGCCAUCUCACAAACAUGCAUUGCAUCAUCACGCUCACAGACAAGCAGGAGCUCUCUCUCUCUGGUCACCGCAGCCCCGCCCGCCCAGCCAGCCACCGGCGACCGUGGAGGCCACCGACAGCCGACAUGGACGCACGGCCGCAGCUGGAGGUGUUGGUGUUGGUGUGGUUUAAGCGAUCUGUCCGCAGUCGGCGACGACGACAGGCUGUGCGGUGCGGCCGCCCUGGCUGCCCUGGGCCUCCAUCGCCUUGACCACAUUGGCGCCAUCCAGCACCUGACGACCACACAAACAGAACAGACACUCAAAACGGAAAUUAGAUAAGAGUGUGGCUGGCUGCAACUGUGUCUGUCACGGGGUGGAUACCCACCUUGCCGAAGACGACGUGCUUGCCAUCGAGCCAGGGAGUGGUCACCGUCGUGAUGAAGAACUGGCUCCCGUUCGUGUUGGGACCUGCACACAUCACAUGCAACACACCACACCACACGGCGGGGGUCGGUCGACUCACGUGUGUCUCGGUUGAUGUGGGGCACGUGUGUAUGCCGGGCACCUACCGGCGUUGGCCAUGGAGAGGAGGUUGGGCUCGGUGUGCUUGAGUGCGAAGUUCUCGUCGGCAAACUUCUCGCCGUAGAUGCUCUCGCCGCCCGUGCCGUUGCCGGCAGUGAAGUCACCACCUGAACACACACAUAUACACACACACACCCCACACACGCACCCCAACAGCGUAUGGCACCCGCCUCUGCGCACAUGCGCACAUCGAUCAGCGCUACGUACCUUGGCACAUGAACUGGGGGAUGAUGCGGUGGAACGUGCAGCCCCUGCACACACACAUAGAUCCACACACACCACAGCACAUGACAGGCAUGUCCGCAUCUCCCUCCCCUCUGCUGCAUGUAUUCUUUCCCUCGUCUCACUUGUAGUGGAGGGGCUUGCCGGUCCUGCCGGUGCCCUUCUCGCCGGUGCACAGCGCACGGAAGUUCUCGGCAGUCUUGGGCACCUUGUCAGCAAACAACUGAACACACACACACGCAGACACGUCAGGCGACAACACAGCACACACGUGCCCAACCCCCUCAACGCGUCACAGCGUCCAGCGUCCCCGGCUCCCUCUCUGCCGCCCCGUACACUCCCACAUGCGCCACUCCCUCCCUCCCUGCCUGACCUCGAAGGUGAUCCGGCCUGCGGGCGCGCCGCCGAUGGAGAUGUCGAAGAAGACCUGAGGGUUCGGCAUGGCUGAUGACAAAUGGCAAAUGGACGCUUCGGGGAGGAAGGGGAGAAAAGGGAUGUCUCGGC